AUGGCUAUAACCCUGCAGCCCAGUGACCUGAUCUUCGAGUUUGCAAGCAACGGGAUGGAUGAUAUACACCAGCUGGAAGACCCCUCAGUAUUCCCCGCUGUGAUCGUGGAGCAGGUACCCUACCCCGAAUUACUGCAUCUGUAUUCAGGACUGGAGCUAGAAGACGGUCACAACGGCAUCAUAACGGACAGGACCUUGUGCAUGACACAGGAUCAGAUACUGGAGGGCAGUUUCAUGGUGGCAGAUGAAAAUGAAGCAACCUCACAAACCAUGUCAACCACUGAAGUCUUGCUCAAUGUUGAGUCUCCCAACAACAUCCUGGAUGAGAAACAGAUUUUCAGCACCUCUGAAAUGCUUCCGGACUCAGACCCUGCGCCAGCCACCACUCUGCCCAACUACCUGUUUCCUGUCUCUGAGCCCAAUGCCCUGAACAGCGCUGGUAACACUGGUGACCAGGAGGGGCAGUCCCUGGAGGAGCAGGUCUCCAAAGAGGAAAGUGCCAAGAAGACUGGGAAAUCAAAGAAGAGAAUCCGGAAGACAAAGGGCAACCGCAGUACCUCGCCUGUCACUGACCCCAGCAUCCCCAUUCGGAAGAAAUCUAAGGAUGGCAAAGGCAACACCAUAUAUCUGUGGGAGUUCCUCCUGGCACUUCUGCAAGACAGGAACACCUGCCCCAAGUACAUCAAGUGGACCCAGAGAGAGAAAGGCAUCUUCAAGCUGGUGGACUCCAAAGCUGUGUCAAAGCUCUGGGGGAAGCAGAAGAACAAGCCUGACAUGAACUACGAGACAAUGGGGAGGGCUCUAAGGUAUUACUACCAAAGGGGCAUCCUUGCCAAAGUGGAAGGGCAGAGGCUGGUGUACCAGUUUAAAGAGAUGCCCAAGGAUUUAGUGGUGAUUGAAGAUGAGGACGAGAAAAGCGAAGUGGCAGAGGCAUCCCCUAAGGCCUCCACCUCCACCAGCACUACCCGGCGAGCCAGCUCCAGGGUCUCAUCCAGAGCCGCUCCCCAGGGCAAGGGCAGCCCUCCCUGGGAGAAGCCGAAGGUUCAGCAGGUCGGUCUGCAGUCAUCUGCAAGUCUGGAAUUGGGCCUGUCUCCAGAUGAGGAGAUUCCCACUACCUCCACUGUGCUGGUUUCUCCACCAGAGGGCCAGGCUAAACUCACCAAAGCUGUGAGCGCUUCGUCAGUGCCUGGCAACAUCCACCUAGGAGUGGCCCCUGUGGGGUCAGCCUCGGCCUUGACCCUGCAGACGAUCCCCCUGACUACAGUGCUCACCAAUGGCCCUCCUGCCAGUACUACUGCUUCGACCCAGCUCGUUCUCCAGAGUGUUCCACCUGCUUCGACCUUCAAGGACACCUUCACUUUGCAGGCCUCUUUCCCCCUGAAUGCCAGCUUCCAGGAGGGCCAGGUGGCAGCACCGGGGACCCCACUGAUUCUCAGUGGCCUCCCCCAACUUCUGGCUGGGGCCAACCGUUCGACCAAUCCAACAGCAGGCUCUGUUGCAGGGGCUGGAGUAGCAGGCCCCAGCUCUCAGCCCCCGGGGACUGUCAUUGCUGCCUUCAUCAGGACUUCCAGUGCCACAGCAGCCCCUGGGGUCAAGGAUGGGUCGCUGAGACCCAACUCAUAUGUGCAGGGCAUGGUGACUGGGGCCCCCAUGGAGGGGCUGCUGGUUCCUGAAGAGACCCUGAGGGAGCUUCUGAGGGAUCAGGCUCACCUUCAGCCACUUCCAACCCAUGUGGUUUCAAGGGGCUCCCACAAUCUGAGUCUUCUGGGAAACCAGACUUUCUCUCCUCCCAGCCGCCCCACUGUUGGGCUGACCCCGGUGGCUGAACUUGAGCUCUCCUCAGGCUCAGGGUCCCUGGUGAUGGCUGAGCCUAGUGUGACCACAUCUGGGACCGUGCUGACUAAAUCCCCAACCCCAGCCCCCUUCCCAUUCAACCCCACUUCGCUCAUUAAAACGGAGCCCCACAACAUAUAA